AGGAACGAGCAGGAGUCUGACAUGGAAGAAUCUAAAGACUCAAGGCCGCCUGAAGAGUCACUCCAUAACUUAACGCUUUCUGAUGAAAAGUCUUCUGAGAGCACCAGUUCUUUGGCAGCUGGUCCUAAAGAGGCACAGAAUCUGAUAAACACUGAGCGUGGGUGCACGUCAGCUUCAGCCUCGGAGCCCCCGGCAGAGGAUGAGAGCUUCCAUGACUGUCAUGACUCCUUUGAGGCAAAAGAACCCAAAGCGGAUGAUGAAGGGGAUUUACAGAACGAUGAUGAGAAUAGCUCAAGGAAGCAGACAGAGCUAGAGGAAGAAUACUUACUAGAACUAGAAAAAGAUAUGCCAGAAGAAGAAAAACAGACAAGAAGAAAGGAGAGCACAACCCUGAAGGAGAAAGGAAACGAGCAGUUCAAGAAAGGAGAGUAUGGAGAGGCAGAAGACUCUUACACGAGGGCUCUGCARAUUUGUCCAGCUUGCUUCCAAAAAGACAGGGCUGUUUUGUUUUCAAACAGAGCUGCUGCAAAAAUGAAACAGGACAAGACGGAAGCUGCCCUAAGUGACUGCAGCAAAGCAGUGGAAUUAGACCCUAACUAUAUUAGAGCUUUGCUGCGGAGAGCAGAACUAUAUGAAAAAACAGAAAAACUAGAUGAAGCCCUGGAAGAUUAUAAAACAAUCUUAGAAAAAGAUCCAUCAGUUCAUCAAGCCAGAGAAGCUUGCAUGCGAUUACCUCAACAAAUUGAAGAGCGGAAUGAAAAAUUAAAGAAGGAAAUGAUAGGCAAGCUGAAGGAUCUCGGGAAUUUGGUUCUCCGCCAGUUUGGCCUAUCAACAGACAAUUUCCAGAUAAAACAGGAUUCAUCGACUGGUUCAUACUCCAUUAAUUUUGUUCAAAAUCCCAAUAACAACAGAUAACACUAAUUCAGUCUAGUUCUGCUGGCUUUGAGGCUUCAUGACCCGGUGCUUGCAUGUACCAUGAAAGGAUUCUGCCAACAUUUACCACUCUACCCAAGUAAAGAUCGACUCGAACAUAUUCAUCUCCCUGCUUGUGGAAUUAUUUAAAAUGUGGGUGUAAAGCAAGUCUUUUGACUUCUCAUAGUGAUAACAUUGUGUCCAGUGUGUGAUUUUUUUUUUUUUUUAAUUUAUUGUUUUCCCCCCAUCGUGGUGUUUGGCUUGCCUGGCAGCCAGGUUCUAUCCUGGGCUUGUUCAAUGCUGGCAACAAAAUUCUAGCAAGCAGUUGAGUUGAAUCAAAAUGCCCAUGUACCUGUAGCCAAAUGCAAAGCCUAAUGGUGUCCUGGGCAAUUAAUGAACCUAGCAGAAGCACUUCUUCAGGUGAAUGUCCCUGAGAGCAUGCAURCAAGCAAGCCAACUUCUGUGGAGUAAUUUUUCUCUGUAAUAAAGGCUUGAUAUUU